AUGCAUGUCCUAUCCACCUUACACAGACCUCCCGAGAUGGAUGCUCGACCAUUCAAGGAUUGGCCAUCCAGUUUUGCCAUUGCACUGGCUCGUCUCGACGAGUGGUAUCAGGAGGGAAAGCCAUUUUUUACGAAGAAUGAUCUCGAAGAUCUUUCCAACCAACUCAACAGGCGCUAUCCCACACGGCGCACGAAUGCCCAGCGACGUUUAAUCGCGGUCAAGGGACUCACUGGGUCCGUGGUCCUCUACUCGGACUUGACAGGCCAGAUCAUUCCUAACCAGGGUCCAAAUGAGGAGUGGGCCGUGAAAAGCCCCUACGUCAGAUAUGUUUGCUAUGAGAAGCUCAAAGAGGUACUUCGAAAGCCAAACGCCAAUAUCGUUGAAGCUUUCUAUCCGAUGCAAAUUGAUCACCUCAUGCUCCGCAGAGCGAUUAAUACCAAGAAGCCCUUGACUCCAAAAUGGGCGGAGUGCCCCGAGCCCGUGGAACAGUAUCUCAAACAGCAUCUUGAGUCCUGGAAAAAGACCACCGAAUACCACAAGCUUGAGAAAAUCCUCAAGCUGUUCAAACACGAUAUCACAAAGGUCAUCAACCUUGGAUCGGGCUGGAUGGAGUUUGGCAUGGGCCUUGAAGAGUUCUCUCGCUGCGCCACACAGCACGCUCUGACAAUCGUGCUCUACCAGUUGCUGCAGAAGAAAACAAAUAAUACCAUCAAGCAUUAUGCACAGGAUCCUGCCUAUACCGCCGUCGAUAUUCUUGCCCUUUCGCUACACGGCUGCGAAGUCCUGGAAGAUCCCCAGGCUUUGAUUGAAAUCGACGACGACUCAGUGGUGUUUGCCUGCUGCCCUGGAUUUCCAUUGAAAGAUAUCACCACUGAUAUUGCUCGACCUGCUAUGUUGAUCUGGGAUCAAGUUCAUGAACGUUUCGGUGCUCGAAGCCAGAACCCAAACUCUCCCCGUGUCCGGGAAAUGAUUGCAGCUCACUAUGAUUGCCAUAGGUUUUGGGACCAAGACCCACAGCACCCUGCGCCAUUCAAGUCGGACCUGGUCGUCUACAUCCGCCGACGCAAGUGA